AUGAGUCCGACAACACAGGCUGAUGUUAGAGAUGCUAACCUCCAAGAAAUUCAAGCUUUUGAAAGUUCUGCGGAAUCAUUAUUAACAGUCUAUGAAUACCUAGAGAAGUCUACUGAUAUAUCAGUGAAGAAAUGGGUAGUUCCGAUGCUCAAGAGAAUGCUCAUGGCACAUUGGGAAUCAUUUGAAGAAAAUGAUGAAGUGAAAGAACAAUUUAAGAACCUUUCAUUACGUGUUAUCUCAGCAAAUCAAAAACAUGAGUUUCUUUCUCAGUUUUUAUAUGCGACAUUACCUAUAAUUAAGACAGAAAUCGAUUCAUGGCCAGAGAUUUUUGGAGUCAUAUCUAAUCUCGUUGAACAGCCAUCAAAGGAAGCGCAUCUUUGUGCUAUUGAAAUCAUCAAUGCUGUUUCACCACAUAUGGCUGUCACUGAUGCAGAACAAAAUUCAGGUUUUAUUAUCAACGUAUUUCAAACGCAAUACGAAUCUGGAGAUGCUGAUAGAAUUAGAGCUGCUUCUGAGAUGCUUGCUGUCUAUUUUAACAUUUCUGGACUUGAUUUAUCUCCUUACGGUGGUAUUUUUGAAGCAUUUUUCAAUUUAUACAUCAAACCAAACGACACCAUUAUGCCAAUAUACAAAAAUCUUUCAGACAGUUUAGAAAAAGCACUUAGCAUUGAUAAUUUACCAUACCAAGCAGAAGACGUCUUAAAAGGUCUUCUUGACUUCCUUGAAACCGAAGGUCUUACUUCUGAAAUGCAUAAAAACAUUUUCAUUCCGAUUAAUGCAUUAUUGUUAUUCAAUCCAUCAAUUUGCGAAGAAUCACUUGAAACCUUACUUCAAAUUGUUUAUAAUUACGCAACAGCAGCAUUUGAGGAAACAAACUUCUAUGAUAACGAUAAUUUAACUUCAAUUGCCUCAACAACAGCUACAAUUGCAUCAAAUGGUGUUCAAAGCUUCUUCGAAACUCUUAUGAGUGUUAUUGGCACUCCAAGCUCAAAAGAACAAGCAGUUGCUGCCCUUGCAAUGAUCUAUUAUUCUCAAGAUAGCUUAGGAUCAGAGACAAACAAAUAUUUGAAGGACGCAAUUCUUCUUCCAAUCAAAUUUAUGCAAGAACUACAAGAUCCUUUUGUUGUAGAAGCUGUUCUUAUUACAUUGGCUGAUGCUGCAAUGUUAUUACAUGAGACACAAAACGAACUUGGAGAUGCAAUUGUUGAAACAGUUUUACCAUUCAUUUCUUCCGAAUACGAAGAUGGAAUCCUUACUCCAGCAUUGAGAACUCUUCAAUCUGUCAUUGAGAACACAACAAUAUCAUCUUCAAAGUACCAAAUUAUUGUUGAAAUGUACUUGAAAUUACUCAAUGAAAAACCAUCACAAAUUGUUGAUGUAACAAAUGCAUUUUCUGAAUUAGUUUUCUCAUCGAAAGGAGAAAUUACAACACUUAUUGGUGACUUCAUUCCUGUUGCAAUUGAAAUUGCAAUGACAACAAACGACCAAGAUUUUGCCAUUAAAGGAUAUGCCAUUGAAUUACUUACAAACAUUUUAGUUAAUUCUCCAAAUUUGAGAGAAGCCAUCAUGGAACAAUCGAAUGUCGAUGUUCUACAGGUUAUUAUGGAUCAGUUAUUCAAUUAUAUGUUAACAGAUGAUAAAACACUUAGAUUGUCUCUCUUGAUUUCCCUUCAAAAAUUAGUCGCAGCUAAGUUAGAAACAUUAGUUGAAUUCAGAAGAAUUAUUCAUCAGUUUAUUGAUGGAAUUUUGACAGCAGACAUUUUCAUUUUCGAUGAACUUGGAAUGCCAACAGCAUUAAGAGAAGACUUAAACAUUUUGUCCAACUGCUAUAUUUUAAUCAGAUACAUCUUCAAGUUCUGUCCUUUGUUGAUUCCAGGACACAAAGAUGUAGAACAAGAUCCAGAAGAUACAACAGAUGUAAGGAAAUGGUUUAAUGCUGCAAUUUCUAUGACAGAUAUUCCAUUCGAAGAUGUUGCUAAAUGCGCAUUAAAUUGCACACCAAGAAUGCUCGAAUACGUUUUCCUUUCUGGUGAAGAUCCAACACCUUUCUUGGAUAAUUACUUUGAUAUUUUCUCUGAUGAAAAAUCAUGUUUGCCAGAAAUUAAAGGAAAAGCGUUUAGAGUAUUUUCGAAGUUACUAAAGUAUGAAGCAACUAAAAAUAACUUGAACCAAGAAUUGCUCCAAUUAUACAUCCAGAAAGCAGCUUCUGUUUUCUCAGUAAAUCAUCCAUUUAAUGACGAAGAUGAUGAAGAUGCUGAUGAAAAGAUUUUGGAUGAAGAAGAUAAUAAACUUGGUGGUGGAUUUACUACUGAGAAUUAUGAAGAUGUCUGCCAAUUCUUCAGGAUCUUAUUGAUGAAUCAUCCUGAAUUAUUCCCAAUGGAUGCUAUCCUUAACUUGACACAGAACAUUGGAAACCUUCGUCCUGAAGUUCAAGUUUAUUUCGUUAGUGUUUUGAAUGAAUGUUAUAACAAAGUUCAAUUAGAAUCAAUAGCAAAGACAAAGUUUGAAAAGGUAAUGCUAUCAACUGUUGAAUUAUGUGAUUUCACUAUGCCGCCAUUCCCUAUCAAAGCUUUGAACUCUAUUCUUCAAAAAUCCCCUGGUAAAAUCAAUGAGGAUGUUUUAUCUGCUGUAAGUGAAAUUCUGCAGAGUGAAUUCAGUGGAGAAAGAUUCUAUUGGGAGACAUGCAUGGCAGCAGUUGCUUUUGUUUGUUCCCUUAUUCAUAUCCAAGGCCAGAAUUUCGAUAAUAACUUCUUAGGUCUUGUUUUAUCAAAGCUUCCAGUCAAAAACGAAUAUUCUUUCUCAGAUCUAAUCUAUUCAACACUUUCUUCCCAUAUAACUCAUGCUUUGUAUCCAUUAGUAGGCGAAGAGUGGAGAAGGGUUGUUAUUCAAACAAUUGCUUUAAGCGAUACACUACUCGCAAAAAUGAACCUUUCAAGUACAACAUUCUCAACACUCAUUCAAAUCGCGAAACAAUUUAUUCAGGAUGAUGAAUCUUUUGUUAUGCAAUUGUUUGGCGAAGAUCCAAUAUCUAUAGAGAGAAUCCGUGCUCGUAUUCAGUAA